ACGAGACCUGUUCCUUUUGGUAGGCUUCACACUUUUCAAUAAUAAAGACAGAUGGAUCAUCACCGCACGUGUCAAUGACAUCAAGCUUGCCGUUGGCUGUUCGUUAUCAGCACGAUGACAAUGGAAGAUCGUUCCGCAGGCUUGGAACGCGCGGCACCUGCUACAUCAACAACUACGACGAUAUCAUCUCUGAAUACAAUUUGCGAUGACGGGUCCUCCGAUGCCUCCUACCCUCUACGAAGAACCAGUAAGCGGACUUUUGAUGUUGCCUUCCUAGUGGCACCGGACGAGAAUCUUGCAAGACGGCAGAACGAGAAACUCCGUCUAGUUUCUACAGAAAGACUGUCAGAUAUGAUGAAGGUUCGUUCCCAAGAUGAACUAACGGAGAACCAUCAAGAUCCAGAUUCUCAGGAAAGGUUGCCUCAAAACCUUACAAUGAAACAAUACAGAAGGAGAUCGCAUGACUGCACUGAAAGUUCUCUCAGCCUACCUUACGUAUCAUCAAGGACAUUAACUCCAACCUCCCCAGGACUAUCGCCGGAACCAGAUGACCGGCGAUACAACCAUAUCAGAUCACAGAAAACUCCUAGUCCACCCCAAUUUUCUCAGCAGCCGCAAAUGCUUCUAAAUAGAUGCGUUGAUUUGAUUGAACCAAUUGGACUAGCUUGUGAAACACCCUGUGCUGAGCGACAAGUUGAAUCCAGAAGCGCUUUUACAAAGGUGUCUUUGAACACACCAAGAAACGGCUUCACUGAUGGACAAACAUCGCCUAGAUCAUCUAUAUCGCCUGACAGAGCGAGCUACCAAAGCAGUGUUAGUCCACCCGUUCUUCCAAUAACUGUAAAUUCUCCAUACAAAUAUAGUGCUUUUUCCAACAAGAUGGGGUAUCCUUUCUUAAUGGGGUCUGAUACAGCACAAGCUAACAUCUUGGAUAAUUUAAAAAUCCCCCAUCCACCAAGAAUACCAAGUCCAAAAUUGGCGGGCUUCAGACCCGAUUUACCACAGAUGUACUCAAAUAUGCCAUAUAAUUCGAUUUCGGUCUUUCCUCCAAUGACUGAGGCUCUAGCGAGACCAAGAUUCCUCGCCACCGCUGCCAGUGUUGCGGGACUUCUACCACAAUCGUUGGCUGCACUGACUCUUCCAGCGCAGAAUGUGUGCGCCAAAUGCAACCUUUCUUUCCGCAUGACCUCAGAUCUCGUAUAUCACAUGAGGUCGCAUCACAAGAACGAAAGUGCAGGUGAAGCUUCGAGACGGCGACGGGAGGAAAAGCUUAGGUGUCCGGUCUGUGAUGAAAGCUUCAGAGAACGACACCAUCUAACGCGACACAUGACCGCCCAUCAGGAUAAGGAGAGCGAUGCGAUCGUUGAUCAGGUGGACGUCAAACGGAGGGCAGCCCCUAUCCACGGCAAGUGA